GCGGUUUUCUUCGACGCGUGUUAGUUACGUUACACAUGUUGUAAAUUUAUGUGUAGUGCAAUAAAAUGUAUGGAAUUGUAUUAACUGUGCUCUGGACGGUCGAUUGUGUUGAAAUUUUACUAGAUUUCUUGAACUUAAUGUGUGCAUGUGCAACAGUUCUUCAAGGGCAGACGGCCUGGAUUCUUUGUUUGAUGGAUAACCCGGUCGUCCGGGAUUUGGUAGCUGAGCUGCUCCGGGGAGAGGAUCCCGCCGCCGCUGGACACCGCCCAAAGUCCCGGGGAAUCCAGGUGGGACCGCCCAUGGGGGUAGCUCCCCAGCUAGUCUCCCGCAGGGUCCAGACAGACGGAGAGGCCCCCCGACGAGACCCUGUGGCUCGGUAUGUGCCAGUGGACCAGGAGGUCUGCUGGCAUUGCGCACGACCGGGCCACUGUCGGGGCCAGUGCCCGUAUCCGGCCGGCCCCAAAUUUUGUUCGCGAUGCGGCCUCGUGGGCACCACGUCCGCCGCCUGCCAGUGCGGCCUACCGGAGCGACCCCGCAGAAGCUGCCCCCGUCGACCGUCCUCUGGCGAAGUCCGGCGCUCCAUCUCUAGGGAUUCCCCCCUGCCGUCACCCCGCGUGAGCCCGUCUAGGAGGACCAAUGCCGUGCGAGGACCAACCGGAAGCCGCAUGUGAACAGUCGCCGAAGCCGAAGUCUGUGUAUUUAAUUUUUUCU